ACAGACAAUAAUAAAUAUCAUUUCUCCAUGAUGUAUUAAGUUUGUUUGUUCAAUAAGUUUGGGUCAGUAUUUUAAGCAAAACGAAAAUUAAAUGUUCAUGUUUUAUGCACAAUUCGAAUAUUGAUUUUUUUCAAUUGACCAAAAUUCUCCAAUUGAAUAAAACGCGAGUUAAAUCGAUUGAAGCAGUUUAGUGAGUGGUUAGAGGUCGGAUCAGAUCCCAACUAUGGGAACCCAAGAAAUAUGGUUUCUAGCAUUGUUUGUGGCUGGGAGCCAUGGAAAAUCUGCUGUGACACAAAGUUUAGAUGGAACAUGGACAACAUCGGCAUUUACAAAGACAAACUACUAUUAUGAGUUUCCAGCAAUAGUUCCAGGCGGUAUUUACACUGACCUAAUGAAAUCAGGAAUAAUAAAGGAUGUUUUCUAUGGAUUUAAUGACAACAGCACUAAAUGGGUGGGCAACAUCAAUUGGACAUACACUCUAAAUUUUACAGGUGAACUGAUCGAAAUUAGACAUAAAAAAUGUAUAUCUAUAUGUUUUUCAGUUGAAGAAGGCCUCAUGAAAUAUGACACCGUUAACUUAGUCUUUGAAGGUGUAGACACUUUCGCUAGCAUAGAAUUGAACGGAGUAAUCAUUGGAGAGACACAAAACAUGUUUGUCAGAUACGUUUAUGAUAUUAAAAAUGUUCUUAAGGCUCAAGGCAAUAACACAAUCAAAAUUUUCUUCGCAAACCCAGUGGAAAGAGGUCUACACCUCAACAACAAACAAUUGGAAAAAUACAGAAUUCCCUGGGAAUGUCCUCCAGAUGCUUACCAUGGAGAAUGCCACAUUAACAUGCUCAGAAAGAUGCAAGCGUCGUUUUCAUGGGAUUGGGGCCCAUCUUUCCCUUCGAUGGGUUUAUGGAAACCCGUUUAUCUUCAAGCCUAUGAUGUGACUGCAUUUAGACAUGUCGUUCCACGUGUAGUAGAGGAUGAACAAAGCUGGAUUGUUUAUGUCGACGUGUAUUUUGAGAAUAAUCAACGUAGUUAUGUGCAGGGAAAAUUAACGCUUAAGCUCCACUGUGACCUAACGGAAAUUCUCUACAAUAUCUCCGAUGUCAAUGCUACAAUGAAUGAAAAUGGCGAAAUAGCCACUUAUGGUCAAAUUGCUAAUAUCGACAAGGGUUGGAUACACGAGUGGUGGCCAAAUGGAUAUGGCGACCAACCACUCUACGAACUUGAAAUAAUUUUUGCUAGUGGUGACAAUUAUCAAGAUGUGAUCAUUAAAACUCAACGGAUUGGAUUUAGAACUGUAGAGCUGGUACAAGAACCACUUGGCACUGGCGCUACAUUCUACUUCAAAGUGAACGGAGAGCCGAUAUUCGCAAAAGGUUCCAAUGAAAUUCCUAUCAACGUUUUACCAGAAUUGGGUCAAGAUAAGGAGACAAUUGACUUCCUUCUACGAAGUGCCAAAGAUGUCAAUAUGAAUAUGCUUCGUGUAUGGGGAGGAGGUGUUUACGAGUCCGACUACUUUUACGAAGUAGCCGACAAACUAGGAAUAAUGAUCUGGCAAGAUUUCAUGUUUGCAUGCUCUUUGUAUCCAGCAACUGAGGAAUUUCUGAAUAACGUUGUUGCUGAAGUUAAUCAUAACACCAAACGUCUUUAUUACCAUCCGAGUAUUGUGAUUUAUUCAGGAAACAACGAAAAUGAAGGAGUUUUGGUUGAUAACUGGUAUGGAACGAGAGACAAUUUCUCUCUAUACAAGUCUGAUUAUGUGGAUCUCUACAUCAAUACUGUUCGCAAGGAGUUCAACAGGAUAACUAGGAACGGGGCUAUUUUUAUUAGUUCCAGCCCUACUAAUGGAAAACUUACGGAAUCUGAAGGAUGGAUUGGACAGAGUCCUGGAAAUCAAUAUUGGGGAGAUGUUCACUAUUACAACUAUGUCUUGGAUCCAUGGAACCCAGACACCUACCCAAUCCCAAGAUUCUGCUCGGAAUACGGCUACCAGUCACUACCUUUUAAAGACACUUGGUUAACUGCAACUAACAACACAGCCGAUCUAGUGAUUUCUGGUGAUUUUAUGAAGUGGAGACAGCAUCAUCCUGCAGGCAAUGCUGAAAUGGCUUUAUUGAUUGCGGAAAAUAUAAAUCUCCCUGAUAUGAAGAGUGAUGCUUAUACUAAUGCCUUCAUUUAUCUUUCACAAGUUUACGCGUCGCAAUCUGUUAAAGUGGAAACUGAACAUUAUCGUCGAUAUAGGAGUUAUUUGACAGAUAACGGUAAAGGUUACACUAUGGGAGCUCUUUAUUGGCAACUUAAUGAUGUUUGGGUGGCACCAACUUGGUCUAGUAUUGACUACACUGGAAGAUGGAAAAUGCUUCACUACUUCGCCAAAGACUUCUUUGCCAACAUCAUAGUAACCGGGUAUAUAAAUGUCGCAAGAGUACUACAAGUUUAUACUGUCAACGAUCAACUCUCGCCAGUAGAAAACGUCAGCAUAAUUGUCAAGGCCUACAAAUACGAUAGUCCAGAUUUUAUACCGUUCAUUGAAGAUUGGGUAACGGAAGAUUUGAAUGCCAGUGCUUCUCAAUUAGUUUACACCAAAUCAAUCGAUGAAAUAUUUUCAAGAUUUAACCUGGACAAAUCUAGUUGUUUUUUCACAUUUGUCGUACAUAAAAACUCUUCGUUAACUGACUAUGUCCACAUUAGUCCAGUUAAUUACAUUUUCCCAGGAAAACUAAAGGAUUCCACUUUGUCUUCUGCUAAUGUGACAAUUUCUUCAGUAACCAAAAGUGGCGACAAUACUUUUGAUAUCACAGUAAAAUCCGACAAUAUUGCAUUGUUUGUAUGGUUGAAUUCUCACGAAAUUAAGGGGAUAUUUUCGGAAAAUGGAUUUUUGCAACUUGAAAACUUGAGAGUGGUAAGCUUUAAGAGCUCCACCAACAACACUGUGGAUGAAUUAAGGGAUACUUUGACUGUGACUCAUCUUAAGGAUUCCAGAUGGGUUUAGAAAUAAGUUUUAAUUAAUAAACUAACUAUUUCAAAUUACGA